UAUAUAUGGCAGCUAUCCCCUUCACCAAAUCAUCACAAGCUAGACACUUGCAUCCGCCAAAGAUCGAUCAGUUGCCACCCAGACCAUUCUAGCCUUGCCUCCAACACCAACAUUUCCCCAUCGAGUUCUUGUUUGUCCUUCAUAGGCAUCUAGCAACCCAGCAGCAAGCAAUGAAGCAAAAGAUUGUUAUUCAGUUGAGCAUAUCGUGCGACAAACACCGGUCCAAAGCACUGACGCUGGCCUCCAGAGCAGCCGGGGUGACGUCGAUGGCGAUAACCGGCGCCGCAAGGGACCAGCUGGAGGUGGUCAGCGACGGCGUCGACCCGGUGUGCCUCGUCAGCUGCCUCCGCAAGAAGCUCGGCCACACCCACAUCAUCAAGGUCGAGCAAGUGAAGAAGCCGGAGGAGAAGAAGAAGGAUGAACCGAAGCCGGCCAUGCCCGUGCCCGUGUACCCGCCGGCGUACUACUACCAGCCCAGCUACUACCACCACCAGUACCAGCCGCCGCACAUGGUCGUCUGCGAGGAACAGCCCAACAACUGGCGGACCAUGUAAUUAAUUAAUUGCCGGAGAAUGAUUUUGACGUACUUUAAUUUUAUCAGCAUGCAACUAUAUUUUACAUACAUUUACAUGUAAACGUGUUUAUUGAUUCAUUCGAAGAAAUAAA